AUGGUGCGCCUGCUGAAUUGCCUCUUGCUGGGGUACUUUACAUGGAAUCUUCGGAUAUCAGAUGCCCAGGGAGAGUACUGCCACGGGUGGUUGGACAGCAGCGGAAAUUACCACGAAGGUUUUCAGUGUCCCGAGGACUUUGACACCCUGGACGCAACCGUGUGUUGUGGGACCUGUUCGUUGCGGUACUGCUGCGCUGCUGUUGACGCGAGGCUGGACCAAGGAAGCUGCACUAAUGACAGGGAACUCGAGAACACCGAAUUUGCAGCCCAACCUAUCUACGUACCCUUCCUCAUGGUGGGUUCCAUCUUCGUGGCUUUUGUGGUGGUGGGUUCUCUGGUGGCUGUUUACUGCUGCACCUGUCUCAGGCCCAAGCAACCAACCCAGCAGCCAAUCCGCUUCUCCUUACGCAGCUGCCAGGGUGAGACCAUUCCCAUGAUCCUCACCACGGCUCCGCCCAGCCUCCGCACGCCCUCGCGCCAGUCCAGCACGGCCACCACCAGCUCCAGCUCAGCCGGGGGGAGCAGCUCUGUCCGUCGCUUCUCUCUGGGACGCGCCGACGCCAUGCCGGGGCCCCCGUCGUCUGCGGCGACGCCCUCCUCCACACCCGUUUCCCUCGCUCCAUCCCAACCGGCGUUGCCGCUGCCGCCGCCGCCCCCUCCUCCCCCUUACACCUCCCCGGCCUGUUUGCAGAGCGCAAUCGCCCAGUCGCACCCUCAUCCACACCCACAUUCCCACACUCAACUUCAGCUCCACCAAGCUCUGCACUCCAACCAGAGUUCCAGUUUCCUCCUGCCUCAGCAGUACUUCUUCCCCCUACAGCCAGAACCCUUCCCUGGAAACAAGGGCUUCGCAGACUUUGGGCAGAGCUGA